AUGAUAAAAAAAUUAUUUUUAUAUUUUAAAUUAUCAGUAUUUUAUAUAAUCAAAAACUUUGUAUUGAGGUUUUUUUCACAGAAUUUAAAGAUUGAAAAACUAACGGUACAGAUCAACAAAGAAGUGUGUGAAUUAGAAGAACCAAUUACAAUUGUUCAAUUAUCAGAUAUUCAUUAUGAUUUCAAUCCAUUAAGAAUCAAUGACACCUUUUUAAAUAAAAUAAUAAAUAUUACCAACUCAUAUAAUCCAGAUUUAGUUUUAAUUACCGGGGAUUUAAUCGAUAGAGAUCCAUUACCAAUUACCGAUCUAUAUAGAAAGCAUUUAUCCCAUUUAAAGUCUAAACUUGGUGUUUAUUCUAUUUUAGGUAACCAUGAUUAUAAAGGUGGUGAACAAGCACCAAUUAUUAUAAAGAAUGCAUUAAAGAAUACAAAUGUAAAUUUAAUGGAGAAUGAAAUAGUUUAUCCAAGUGAUCAAAUUCAAUUAAUUGGUUUUGAUAGUUAUGCCAAAAGAGAUAACAACAAACUAUCAAAUGUAUAUAACGAAAUUAAAUCAGGUAAGGGUAAAGUCAGAAUAGCACUAUUACACAAUCCAGACCAUGUUGUGCAGUUACAAGAAAACAAUUUAAAUUUGGAUUUGGUUUUAUCAGGUCAUACUCAUGGUGGUCAAAUAUGUUUACCAACUGGUGUCCCUCUAAUGCCAUAUUUUGAAAAAUUCCUUAAAAAAAUGCCAAAACCAAUCAGAAACAUAAAAUACCCUGGUAAAAAGACAUUGAAGAAUUGGAAAUUCGGAAAAGGUUAUCACACCGUCUAUGGAAAUGAUAAAGAUAAUAGUAAAAUACAAAUUUAUAUUAAUAGGGGAUUGGGUACUCAUCCACCAAUUAGAUUAUUUUGUGACCCAGAAAUCACAUUAAUUACAAUCAAAAAUUAA